GCGCUCUGCUGCGACAAGCGUACAGACGUCAAGCAACCUCCGCGUUUCGUUCUAUCACGUAUCCAUCAUCAGACAAACAAUUUCGAUUGUUUUCUGCCUUUUUUUGAGUCGCACAACUACAGCGUCAGGGCUGUUCUCCUCUCCUCCAGCAUCAUCCGCCCGCUACGUCUAUUUAUCUUUUUGAGAGGAAACACAAAAGGCGGACUUUACAAAACGGGAACAGAUAAAAGCCGCAUUGAGAGCGCACACAAAGAAUCUCGGUCGUAUUUGUAUACUCGGCUUUAAAUUCGAAAAAAAAAUUCCUGUGGGACUCCCGUUUCUUUUUUGUCGUUUUAUUUUUAAACUGCGCCCGUUGUAAUCCGGUGAGUGGUGCAUCUCGUAUUGUACGGGACUAUUCUUGUGUUAUUUUUCAAGUUUUGAAGACGAUGCUGGACUGUGUAUAAAAUGUGGGCUAGUGAAGAAUUUGGAUGCGAAGAUAAAGAAAAUUUUGGGCAACUGUUUCAAGCCUUGAAAGGAACUUUCGAGGGAGAGUGGAAUACCAUGAAAUUUUGCUUGUAUGACCCGUACAAAACGAACAUCAGGACCGGUGGCGUGAGAAAUCUCGUAGGGUGUAGCGCCGUGACUGGCGGGGGUGUCGGCCAACAUCAGUCAGCGUCAGCGGCUGCUGGUCAGCACCAACAGCAGCACCACCACCACCACAGUCACCAACAGCAGGCAGCGGCGGCAGGCGGCGUGGCACGAGGCGGAACCGCCACUGCGGACGUCCGCCGCGCCUACAAGGCGGCCGUGGUCCCUGCUUGCGGCGGAACCAAAACGGGACCGCGCGGCAGAAGGGGUGCUCGGGGUAUGAGCAUGGGCCAGAAGGUCAGCAACGGAGUAAAGGCGGGCAACGGCAGAGACGCCGCAGCCGCCCCAUACAAACCAGUGAUUCCCAGGGAAUUAGCGCAAGACUUCGCGAGGCCGCCACGGUUAGAUAUGCUCCUAGACAUGCCGCCGGCCUUACGAGAAACACAAUUAAAAUACAGUUGGAACCAGGACGAUCGCUCUCUAAAUAUAUUCGUAAAAGAAGAUGACAAGUUAACCUUCCACAGACACCCUGUCGCACAAAGCACGGAUUGUAUAAGGGGGAAAGUAGGAUUCACUAAGGGUAUGCAUUGUUGGGAGGUAUGUUGGUCGACACGACAACGUGGAACGCACGCAGUGGUAGGCGUCGCGACGGCAGAGGCACCCCUUCACUCCGUAGGUUACCAAAGUCUGGUGGGCUCGACGGACAACUCUUGGGGUUGGGACCUUGGCAGGAAUAAACUGUACCACGACUCGAAAAACCAGCCGGGAGUGUUGUAUCCCGCAUUAUUGAAACCCGACGAGACUUUCAUCGUGCCAGAUAAAUUCUUGGUCGUGUUGGACAUGGACGAGGGCACGUUAAGUUUCGUGGUGGACGGCCAGUAUUUGGGGGUCGCCUUCAGGGGAUUGAAGGGCAAGAAACUUUAUCCGAUCGUGAGCGCGGUCUGGGGUCACUGCGAGAUCACGAUGAGAUAUAUUGGGGGACUGGAUCCCGAACCUCUUCCAUUAAUGGACCUGUGCCGAAGAGUGAUAAGACAAAAGAUAGGAAAAGCGCACCUAGAAGAGAAAGUGAUGAGCCUUCAGCUUCCGCAGGCGCUCCAAACCUACCUACUCUACAGAGAUCGAAGAUAAUGACGCUUCUCGCCGUACGCAGCGCCCCCUCUCGAUGACAGCUGUCGUCAACACAGUCUUCCGCGACGACCGAAUGUAUAAAAAAACCAAACAAAACGAAAAACACCCAAUCUGGCGGAGCUGUACGAACGUAGCCGAGAAAAACCGAACUGAUAUUUUUUAAUUUCAAAGUUGAAACCACCACCAAAAAAAAGAAGAAUAAAACUACCCCCCACAUUCAGCCCCCCCGUCCCCGUUUCUCUUUUUCUCCCCCCACUGAGUUUUGACAAGGACAGAUCGAUUUCUGAUGAUUAUUAAUUCUGAGCUCUGUGAUGUGUGACUAUUUUUUUUUGUUCUAGGGAGACGAAUCUAUAUAUUUUGUUUAUGUUAAGUGUUGAAUACGUGGAAGUAAUUUGAUAAUGUAAAAGUGGUUUUUUUUCUAAUGAUCUCGAGACGUUGUAAAAGGUUUAUUCGCCAUUAAUUUAUUAAAUGAAUAUCGUAAUGCGGUGAAGAUUAUUUCGAGGUGUAUAUAUUGAUAAGAUUUUUUUUUGAUUGGGAAUUCCGAGUCUUCUGUAAAAGAUUAAGCACGUUGCUUCCUGAUAUAGCUUUAUCUGAUAUUUUUUAAUGUACGAUUUAAGCGCGCGAACAUCAUAUUUGAACAAAUUCACACCAAUGUACGGUAAAGUGCCGGAGCAACCAAGGAAAGUUUUAUAAAGCGGCUGUUCUAAUGAAUACUCAGAAUAUUAUUGGAAAUUUAGUGUAAAUAGCUGUAAUUAAAAUUGUAUUUUCAAAAACGCGUCGUGUUUAUUGGCUUUUAAUAGAAAUUAUCAGCAGUUUUUACAUGCGCCAGUGAUAUUUGAUUCUUUUUUCGAAACAUCCAAAUUUGACACAGUAUUAUUGAUUCGAAAGUUGUUAGGAGUAGUUUUUAGACCGGAAACGGCUCAUAACUAUUUUGAAUUCUUCUAAAUUAUUAUAAAAGGCUCGGUACAUCACCCUCAUAAAAAGACUUCUUUGUACAUACGUUUGUUUCUAUAUUUUUUUGUUUAUAUUAUAAAUUAUAGUUUUUAGAAAUUACCACACGGUUUUUUUUUACUUUUAUUAUCUUGUUUAUACUGUUAAGAGACCGUUCAGGUAUACUUAUAAAUAUACACGUUAUUAUACCUUUUUUUGUUCAUUUGUUCCCGUUUAGUUUAUAGAUGUCGUGUUAUACUUUUGUUCUUUUUUUUAAAAUUUAAUUCUUUUUUAAUUAACGGUCAUGAGUGUUUAUUUUAACUUGCCCAAGGUUUUAUUAAUAAUUUAAUAAAGCUGGCUUGUGAUAUAUUAUCGGAAAAAAAGGCCCGCUUGCGAAGGCACUUUACUGUUUUUUCCAAUGCGGGUUUUUGGGUUACGGAACUUAUGGUUUUUUUUUUUACUUGAGAUUGCUACGUAAUCCUCAAGUUUCCUUAACACUUUAAGUGGAUAUACGGGUGACUUAUAAAUAUUUAGUUUUAGGUCGGGAAAAUUACAGAUUUUAACUACAGCCUUCCUUUAGUACCAAAUUUGCUGCAUGUAAUAUUACACAGGGAUUUAUUUGGAAAUUUACCUUAUUAAACCGAUUUUUUAAGGUUACAGUUAUUUAGAACAAAAUUGAGAAAAAUUAUAAUUUUGGCUCUUUACCUAGAUGGGUGACAUUGCUCUCGGUUUCCAUAAUAUUUGCAACAAAAAUAUCCAGUGGGCUUAAGUCAGGUGAGCAACAAGAUAAUUUAACUAAAUCUCCCAUUUGACUUGAUUUAAUUCAAAGUAUUGAUAUGUUUGCACACAUCUAAUGCAGUUUUAUGAAUAAAAAAAAAUUGUUUUUAUUCAUGAAUUGCAUCAAAUAUAUAAGUUUUGCUCCUAUGUAAUUUUUAAGUUAGCAUCUAAUUGAAACUUUCACAGCCAGUUGCAUUUAAAUCAGUAUGACAAACUCGCUAUCAAAUUAAAUUAUUAUAUUGUCAUGUCAGUAAUAGUUGCAUUUAAACUUUUAAGAUUUCUACUUUAUCACUAUAUGAAACCUCUCAAAGAAAAAAAUCCUUGUUUUAAUAUUAGUAAAUUUGGUAUUAAUUUUUUUUUGUUUAAGUUCCGUAACUGAAAAAUCCCAUUUUUAUCCCUCCCCUUUCCCUGACCCGAGACCGACGUUUCGGCAUUUAAGGAAUAGACUUAUUUUUGUAAAUAAAGCAGUAGAUAAGUGCCAGUUAAACACAUAAUUUAUAUAGUAAUUAAAAGAAAAAUACAUAAAAAAAAUAAACGAUACAAUUGUACGACCGUAACUGUUUAAAGACAAGAGAUUAUAUACUUACGAGAAAAAAAAACUGAAAAAAUUAUAAAUCUUAAGAAAAUAUAAAAAUGACCCUUUUGUAGUAAAAUUUUCAACCCGGAUCCUCCAACUUACCCCACUUAAAUGUAUUUAUAUUACCUUCCUGUCCCCGUCUUAAGCGAUAGCGUCGUAUUUUUUGUGAGGGGCCAUCUGAUGGCCUACGAGUGUACUAUGUGGUUUGUGUUUAGGUUUUUAGACUAUUUUCGGAUUUGAAAUUAAAUAAAACGCAUUUUUUUUUCUUAAUUCACUGUUUUUGUUUUGUAUUAGGGCGCAAAAUUUGCGACCUGUAGAAGCAUUUCUCCUGAAUUAUUGACUAAUCGAACAAUUAUUCAGACAAAUGUAAAUAUAAGGCUGUAGUUGUAUAAAAUUAAUAAACCGUCAUGUUCUUUUACAUAAAUCUCUGUAUUUUCUUUGUUUUUUUAUUCAUGUAAAUGCGAAAAGUGAAAAACUUAUUGACAUGUAACGUUGCCACCCGAAUUACUAAAUCAUUUUUCGGAGAUUUUGGUACUACAACAAACCAAAUUGUCAAUAAUUUUUUCUUCAAAAUUAAGACGCAAUAUUUUUUUAAUAAUAAUAAUAAUGAUAAUGAAAGAAGUUAAUAAACCCCCUUUUUGUAUAUUUUUGCAUUAUAUCCGAUGUGUUCAUCUUUUAUAUUGACCUAAAUAGUUUUUUCUCUAAACGAAUAUUCAUUGAUCGAAUAAACGUAAUUUGACUAAAGCAGAAAUUCUUAAACAAAAUUCGUAACUUUGCAAUUUUGUAGUGCCCGGGUUCGAGUUUAUAAUGUAAGUAGGGUAUUUUAAUUAUUGUAUUUAAGUUUGCUGUGAAUACCCGGGCGUAUUUUUAAGUUUAAUCGAUGUAUUAUUCUAAUUAAAAAUAAAUUACUGUAAGAAUA